AUGCCUAAAAAAGUCGUCUACCACUAUGCCUUCUUACAGAUUUUCUCUCUUCUCGUCAGCACGAUGUUCCUUUUAUGCGACAUGGGGAGGUUCCGAAAUGGCUCGAUCUCGAUAUUCUUCUUGAACGUCUUGUCUGAAUUUGCCGUGGCAAACGUUCUGGCAAUAAGCGUCUAUUUCAGCUUGCAACCGAAUCUGUCGUGGCUAUUACUGCUCUACUUUCAUCUCGUUCUAUCGUUCCGGAUGUCUCAAUUCAUUCGUCAUCUCCACCAUCAAUCAGUCCGAUCCUGCAUCAUCGAAUGGAUCGCUCUGCUCCCAGAUACGGAAAAGUACCCGGUUUUGGAAAGAAGCUGUUUGAUGGAGACAGCUGCUUUUUCGACAUGGAUACUUGCAUUUUCCUUCGAUGAGAACGGCUUCGCCCUUUUAUCCUGCCUUCCCCGAGCUGAAAUCAAUCAAUCGGAUCACCGACCAUCUAAUUGCGUGAAGCCCAACGGACAGGUUCAUAUGGCUUCCCUCGUGAUGCCGAUCAACAAGACGCAUAGCAUGAAUGACAGUGAACUGCGGCAAUGGCAGGCCGGCAUUGCGGGCUUCAACUCUAAUAAAGUACUGGGUGGUCAGCGUCGUGCACCCGAAGAAGGCAAUCAAAAGCUGCAGCAGCUAACUCACAGCGAAGUGAAGAAUACUUGGAUCAUC